AGAGUUUUGGAUCUACGAGCCAUCUGCUGUGGACCCGAACCUCUCGGACCCGAACCUGGAGUUUCGAUCACUUUAUCUCUCUCUUCCCCUGAUUUCGUUAAUUCUUGGAUUCAGAAAAAACCCUAACUUGUUCUUAGAAAUUGAGGUCGGAGAAGCAAAUUUCCAGUUGUUUUACGGCCAAACGUUAUACAAGUGUAAGUUCACAUCUCUCUUUCCCAUUGUUGAAACCCUAUCUUUUUUUUCUUUAAAUUCCCCAAUUGGUGGAGCCUGUCGGUAGGAUUAAAGUCUGGAACGUUCUCCUGUGUGGUUGAAUUCUAGGUUAUGGUAAUGUUCAUUUUAACCAGAGCUUCGAUUUGGGGUGAAAUUGUAUUGCAGCAGUUUUGAUCUCAAGAAAAUCUUGAGCAUUCGGAUUUCGGAGCAUCUUAGUUGGAAGUAGCUCAUGAAUUCUCGGGGGAAAAAGAUAUUUAUAAUAAUUUAUCGGAGCUGAAUCUAUGCCUGGAAACGAAUAUGGAGAGAGGAUCCACAAUUUCUUUGGACAGGAGGGCCUAUCCCAAGACAGCCAUCAGCCUCAGGCAGGAGAUGGAAGCUGGUCCGGUUUUAGAAAUGGUCUAGUCAGCAACCAGAGGCAGAUUGACCCAUCACUUAUUGCCAAUCUGAAGACGUAUAGCACUCAACAAUCCGUUGAUCCUGAGAGAGGACAAUCUUCAAAUUCACAGCAUGGUUUAAAUUUUGCCCAGCAGCCAAUGAGGUCCGAUUACUCCAGAAGUGUAUUGCGAGAACACCAGCAAUCCACAACUGGUUACAUGCAUGGAAACCUUAUGUUGCAGGCAUCUCCAAAUGAGGGAAGUUUUGUGGGAGUGGAUGUAGAAUCUAGUAGGGAUAGGUUAUCAGGGAGUGGAUUCACUCUAGACCGUCAUAAAACUCCUAUGAGGUUUGAUAUGGGAGAAUCUCCGGUUAACUAUGAUUUCUUUGGUGGUCAACAACAAUUAAACAAUCAGCUCCCUGGCAUGAUCCAACCUUUUCCAAGGCAGCAGAUGACAUUCAAUGAUAUGCAACUACUAAAGCAACACGCUAUGGCUAAGCAAAUGCAUGAAUAUCAAAUUCAACAACAACUUCAAAAGCAACAGCUAGAAGCCAGGCAGCUCAAUUCUUUGCAUUCAAACGCAGUCAAUGGAAGUCUCUCAAGUGAUAACCAAUCACAUCCUUCGAUUAGUGGUGUCCCUCUACAGGAUGCGUCUAAUAAUUGGUUGCAACCAGAUCUUAUGACAGGAAAUACAAACUGGAUGCAUCGCGGCAUCUCGCCAAUUGUUCAAAGUUCAUCCAGUGGGCUCGUGAUUACCCCUGAGCAUGGACAUGCAAACUUAAUGGCACAACAAUUUGAAACUUCCUUGUACGGUAUGCCUGUUGGUGGGACAGAUGCUCCUCAAAAUGCCUUUUCUUCCUUUCAGAUGAAAAUGUUAGCUGCACAGCAUGGUUCUGCAAACAUGAGUUCCUCUCUCACUAAUCAGCCAACAUCAUUUCUGAAUCAAAGUGACAGUCAUAUGCUCCCUAGAUCCACAUACCAGGAGAAUCUGUACUCCCAUAUAUCAGUUCCAGGUUCAAAUGAUAGGCCUAAUUUUGAAAGUUUUCAGCAAGAUAAUUCUGGUCAGCAGAAUAUUUCAGGGCAGGAAGAAUUUGGUCAGAUGGAUGGUUCUGGUCUAUCUGAAAAAUCAUUUAUGAAAGUGCCUGAAAAUAUAAAUACAUUGCAGAAGUCGACAACAUUAGAUCCAACAGAGGAAAAGAUUUUGUUUGGUUCGGAUGACAAUUUGUGGGAGGCAUUUGGAAACAGUACUGAUAUGAGCUUGACAGGAAAUCUUAUGUCCAGUAGUUCUGACCUUUUUGAUGCAUGCCCCUCUUUGCAAAGUGGGAGUUGGAGUGCUCUUAUGCAAUCUGCUGUAGCAGAAACAGCCAGUGAUGACGCAGGUGUACAUGAAUGGGGUAGUAAACAGCAAUCUGUAUGGGCUAACAACAUUAAUGCCCCACAUCCAGAUUCUCGUAUUGGUAAUAGGGCCCAGGUUUCUGGUGGCCAUACUGAUUCAACCCGUUCAACUGUUCAACAUUUGCAAGACAAAGGAAAUAUUGUUUCAGAUCAUGGCCUGUUGGAGAAGCCAAUGACUCCGCAGAGUCAAAUGGCUGGAAAUAUGUUUCAAUCUUUAAGUUCUGGUAUUGAUGUGCAGAAUAAUUCGUGUUCUAUUGGAAAGAAUGAGGACAUUGAUGAUAGACUUGGUAACUGGAGGGGUGCUUCCAAUCCAAACUCAGCUGCUCUGAUGGAACGGAAGAAUCAUUUUACUCAAAAUCUACAAAUGCAAAGGGCAAGCUAUGGUGCAGGAGAUGAUUCUAGAGCUUCGAGGGAUAUCCAGCAAAAUAUCCAACAUCAUUUGGAUAAUAACUCUGUGGAGAAAGCUAUUCAUCAACUGAAUUCUGGGGACAGCAGUCAGAUUCUUGAGUCAUAUGCGAGUAAUAACGUUAGUAAAGUCAUGACUGAAUCAAAUGAAAUGGGGAACUCAGGAAAGGAAAAUUCAAGUGACAGUUUUCGAUCAAAAUUCUCACCAGAGUCUCUUACUCAAGUGAAUGCCCGUGAUUUGUCUGUGUUGCCUGGUGGGAAAGAAACACAAUCACCUUCAAGAUCUGAUGGUUUAAUUAGGGAUGGAUUGAAUCACAAAGAUUCAGCGAAUUGCAUGCUGCAGUUUGGCCCAACUAUUUCUCAGAGUUUCUUCAACAAGAAUCAUGCAGUCUCGGCUGGAUCAGAUCAUCAACAAAUCAGUCCUCAAAUAGCUCCAUCCAGGUUUAGUCAAUAUGAGGCUUUUAAGAACGGACUGGUGCAACCCGUGAAUGAUACAGGGAGAUUCACUCUCUUGAAGAUAGGAGAACGAUAUUCUAACCUUGGGAAUUCUGAUGAUGGUUUACAUUCUGUUCAAUCGUCAAAGCAAUUAAAUACUGCGGAUCCUGGUUACAUUGUUCAUAUGCAGCAAAUAUCAGGCUCCACACCAGGAGUGGAGACUCUCUCAUCUGCCUCAUUGCCUUGUGGUGCUACUGACCAACUUCUAAAGGUUUAUAAACCAAAGAAGCGCAAAAACGUCACAUCAGAACUUUUAUCUUGGAGUAAAGAAGUUAUGCAACGUCCCCAGAGGCUUAAGACUCUCGGUGAGGCCGAGGUUGAUUGGGCCAGAGCAACUAAUCGAUUUGCUGAAAAAGUGGAAUUUGCGACUUUACUUGAGGAUGGCCCACCAAUCAGAUCAAAGAGAAGGCUUAUAUAUACAACACAACUCAUGCAACAACUGUUUCGUCCCCUUCCUGGUAGGGUGAAAUCUUUAGUUACUAGCUAUGAGUUUGUGGCAUAUUCUGCUGCUAGAGCUGCGCUAGGAGAUGCAUGUAGCUCCACUUCUACUGACAGGAUUGAGGGCUUUUUGCUUCAGAACAAUUUAAACCCGUUGUCUGAGAGAACGGAAACUGAAAAAAUGAGUGACCAAUACAUCUCCAAAGCAGCUGAAGAUUUCAUUAGUAGAACAAAGAAACUAGAGACUGACUUUGCAGGACUAGAAAAAGGAACUACAAUUACAGACUUGAGAGUCGAAGUCCAGGAUCUAGAGAGGUUUGCAGUGAUCAAUCGUUUUGCAAGUUUCCACCAAUCGUCCUCAUCUAUGGACCGGUCCGUGAGUUCACUUAGGUUAAACCCACAGAGAUAUGUUACCGUAGCUCCAGUGCCUCGGCAUAUUCCAGAUAGGGUACAAUGUCUCUCUUUCUAACUAUUGAUAGAUCCAUAUAAUUAACUUUUUGGCCAAUCCUCCCGAAAAUGUUUGUGUUUAUGGGUGGGUAAGAGUUAGUUGGUCGGACUUCUGAGAACAGUGAAGGCCUCCAUCGUCAGAAGGCCGGAGAUUUCGUAGUAGACAUGUAGCAUUACUGUAUGCUUAAUCACGAAUAUUGGAUGUCAAAUCCAUUUGUAUACUUAGUAAAGAAUUUGCCCCAUAACAGAAAUUCCACAAGGUAACAACUCCAGUGAAUCUAAUUUUGUUUUUACUCAGCGAAGAUUCUGAAGAACUCUCUCUAUCAAGUCGUUGAGUGCUGUUUAGAAUCAGUCAUUGAAACUUAACUUCCUUUGCUUCAGAGUAUUACAAGGUCUCUAAUUUAAU